AUGCACCCCAGCACCCCAAUCAGCUCCCUCUUCUCCUUCACCAGCCCGGCAGUGAAGAGGCUGCUCGGCUGGAAGCAAGGGGAUGAGGAGGAAAAGUGGGCAGAGAAGGCGGUCGACUCGUUGGUGAAGAAGCUAAAGAAGAAGAAGGGAGCCAUGGACGAGCUGGAGAGGGCGCUCAGCUGCCCGGGGCAGCCCAGCAAAUGUGUCACGAUUCCUCGGUCCUUGGAUGGGCGGCUGCAGGUGUCCCACCGCAAGGGGCUGCCUCACGUUAUUUACUGCCGCGUGUGGCGGUGGCCGGACCUUCAGUCUCACCACGAGCUGAAGCCCCUCGAGUGCUGCGAGUUCCCCUUCGGCUCCAAGCAGAAGGAGGUGUGCAUCAACCCCUACCACUACCGCCGGGUGGAGACGCCAGUGCUGCCGCCGGUGCUGGUGCCCAGGCACAGCGAGUACGACCCGCAGCUCAGCCUGCUGGCCAAGUUCCGCAGCCCGUCGCUGCACCGCGAGCCGCUCAUGCCGCACAACGCCACCUACCCCGAGUCCUUCCAGCAGCCGCGCUGCGCCUUCCCGGCGCCGGGGCCCGCGUGCCUGCAGCCCCAGUGCGCGGCCGGCUACCCGCACACCCCGGGGAGCCCCUCGGAGCCGGGGAGCCCCUACCAGCAUGCAGCUGACACCCCCCCCAUGUCCUUUCAUGCCACGGAGGCCCCGGGGACCCAGAGCGGCCAAGCGGUAGAGGCCCCAGCCGAUAGCCACUUAGUGCUGUCGAUGCCUGUCGGAGGCUUCCGGCCCGUGUGCUACGAGGAGCCGCGGCACUGGUGCUCCGUGGCCUACUACGAGCUGAACAGCCGCGUGGGCGAGACGUUCCAGGCCUCCUCCCGCAGCGUUCUCAUCGACGGCUUCACCGACCCGUCCAACAACAGGGACCGGUUCUGCCUCGGGCUCCUCUCCAACGUCAACAGGAACUCCACCAUCGAGAACACCCGGCGGCACAUAGGGAGGGGCGUGCACCUGUACUACGUGGGCGGUGAGGUCUACGCAGAGUGCGUGAGCGACAGCAGCAUCUUCGUGCAGAGCCGCAACUGCAGCUACCAGCACGGCUUCCACCCGGCCACCGUCUGCAAGAUCCCCAGCGGCUGCAGCCUCAAGAUCUUCAACAACCAGCUGUUCGCCCAGCUGCUGGCUCAGUCCGUGCACCACGGCUUCGAGGUCGUCUACGAGCUCACGAAGAUGUGCACCAUCCGGAUGAGCUUCGUGAAGGGCUGGGGAGCCGAGUACCAUCGCCAGGAUGUCACGAGCACCCCCUGCUGGAUCGAGAUCCAUCUGCACGGGCCACUGCAGUGGUUGGACAAAGUUCUGACUCAAAUGGGCUCUCCCCAUAACCCGAUUUCGUCGGUGUCCUAGGGGCAGGCCUCAGCCCAC